CCCCGAUGGGCGAGCGGCAGAGCCGAUUCCAACCCCGGAAGCGCCGCAAGAGCGAUCGAGGGAGAGGCAGCGAGGAAGAGAAGAAGAAGAAGACGUGCGAGAGUUGGGCAAUCACGGCGUGUAGGGUUGAAGCCGGCCGGUGGGGAACCCACCGCCUCCUCGACCCCGCGCAAGUGGAGAACCUCAAGGGCCGCCCCGGCCUCGUCUUGGACAAGGCGCGUAGUCCCGCGCCCCACGGUGGUCGCGGUGCCCUCCCAAGCGCCGGCGGAAGCCCCUCUGACCUUCUUUUCUUAGCCGGAGGCGGCCGUUCCUCUGUCGUCUCUCCUCUCUUAGAUUAGUUUAGCCUCCCCAACCCCUUUCCCUGCGUUCCCCUUUUCACGUACGACGACAGAAAGAUGCUGACCAUCAAGAGGGUUCCCACCGUGCUUUCCAAUUACCAGGAGGAUUCCGGCGAGUCCCGUGGCUGCGGCCGGAAUUGCCUCGGCAAAUGCUGUUUGCCUGUAUCAAAGCUUCCGCUUUAUGCCUUCAAGAGCGAUGCAAGACCGGAAAUUUCUUCCUCUGGGGUGGAUGAACCACCAUCCGAUUUUUUCCUCAACAGCCUUCUGCUGGGAGGGUGGGAGGAUCGGAUGAGCCGUGGACUGUUCCGGUACGACGUGACAGCAUGUGAGACCAAGGUGAUUCCUGGCGAGUAUGGCUUCGUCGCGCAGCUGAACGAGGGCCGCCACCUCAAGAAGAGGCCCACUGAGUUCCGUGUUGAUCGCGUCCUCCAACCCUUUGAUCCUGCCAAGUUCAACUUCACCAAGGUCGGCCAGGAGGAGGUCCUGUUCCGCUUCGAGGCCGGGGAAGGUGACAAAGCUCGAUUCUUAGAGAGUGCUGCUGUUGGUGAAACCAACACCCCCAGUGUUGUUGCAAUCAACGUGAGCCCCAUCGAGUAUGGUCAUGUUCUGCUGAUUCCUCGUGUGCUAGACUGCUUACCCCAGAGAAUUGACCCUGAUAGUUUCCUGCUCGCCCUUCAUAUGGCUGCGGAAGCAGGAAGCCCGUACUUCAGGCUCGGGUACAAUAGCUUGGGUGCCUUUGCCACCAUUAAUCACCUUCACUUCCAGGCUUAUUUCUUAACCAUGCCCUUCCCAGUGGAGAAAGCUCCUACACAAAGGAUUCCAGUUGUUAAAGGUCUGUCCCAGAGCAAAGUUAAGGUUUCAAAGUUGCUCAAUUAUCCUGUGAGGGGCCUUGUUUACGAAGGAGGAAACACUUUGAAAGACUUAUCUGAUGUUGUUGCCAACUCCUGCAUCUGUCUUCAAGAGAACAAUAUCCCAUUUAAUGUUCUUAUCUCUGAUUCAGGCCGGAGGAUUUUUCUCUUCCCCCAGUGCUAUGCUGAGAAACAAGCUCUGGGUGAAGUGAGCCAGGAGAUCUUAGAUACUCAAGUGAAUCCUGCUGUGUGGGAGAUUAGUGGGCACAUGGUGCUGAAGCGGAAGAAGGAUUAUGAAGAGGCAUCAGAGGAAUAUGCUUGGAGGCUAUUGGCUGAGGUCUCCCUUUCUGAGGCUAGGUUUGAAGAAGUGAAAGCUUACAUCUUUGAGGCCACUGGUCUGGAGUCUGAGGAGGAAAAGAUUGAGCCUGAAGAGAAUAAAGGAACACCACACCAGUCCUCGACGACAGCGGUCGCUGCCAAUCACUUCCCAGAAGGUUGCCUGAUCCUUCAGUGAGAAAGACGGUCACCUGUAUUGCCUACUGCUGCUAUUUGCUGAUGCCUAGUUGUUUCUGAGGGGAAUAAAGAGCAGAUGUUCUAUUUUCACAUCAUCACUGUCUCAACUAUUUCCUCCUUUUUUGUUUGCUUAAAUAUACUGCCUUUUGGAUUAAGCAGAUUGUAGAUUUCAUUGUAUGGAUUUGGACCUAUUAAUAGUUGAAGAUUCUCAUUGUUCACUUCA